AUGGCACUCAUCCAGACUUCCCUCAUCUGGGUCGCAUAUGCCGUCGCACUUGCAAUCCUGCUAGUUGUGGCAUCUAUCUUCGUCUACCUCUACCAGGCUCCUCGCGAACGCUCUGCCGUCGUCUCGAUCGUCUGCAUCAUCACUGUGCUCUCUCUGCUGGCUACCGUUCUACUGUUGCCCGUCGAUGUCGCUCUUGUAUCUUCUACUACUUCGUCCAAACUCGGCAGAAAGAAAGACUGGGCUACUCCUGAUGCUGUCGACAACAUCUUGUUCCAGCUCAAGAUCGUCUACUACACUCUUUACAGUCUGGACGCUGUCUUAUGCUUGAUUGUUGUUCCCUUCACCUACUUCUGGUACGAGGAACGUGAUGAAGUAGCCGCCGAGGAGGGCAGCCAGACGGCCGCCGGUCGUCUCUGGGGUGCCUUCAAGUACACAAUCGCCUUCAUCUUGUUCGUCGUUAUCAUCUUCCUUGUGGGCUUCUUUGUCCCUGAUCUCCUGGCCGAGAAUCGUAAGUCUCGUGCCUUGACCUUCUGCGUCGGCCUUCUCUUGACCCUCGGUACUUUACUAUACUGCAUUUACACGGGUCCUGGCCUGGCUCUCCUACCCCUUACUCUGAUCAAGACUGCUCCUCGCAUCUCUGCUCCCACCAUGGCUGCCAACACCUCUUCUCAGUUGAUGCAGAACCGCGAGCGUCAGAGACAACUCGAGAACCGUAACGAGGGCCGUGACAAUGGUCUUGACACUCGCGACCGCCGUGAACUUGAAGCUCUGAUCAGAGAAGAACGUACACUUGUUCGCCGUGAACGUCUUGCUGCUGAAGACAUGGGUGAGGGUCAUAAUUGGUUCAUCCGUGUCUGGCUCAAGACAGAGGCUGUCUUCAGACCUCUGAAGCUUCUCGGCGGUCUUCUGCUCAUCGUCAUUGUGCUUGUCGUCUGGGCCAGCAUGCUGGUUACCGGUGUCGACAAGAUCAAGAACUCGGUGUGCAAGACUGGUUGUGGUUACUUACUCGGCCACAACAAGAUCUUCCAGCCUAUCAACUGGCUCUUCGUUGUCACCUCGAAGGUCUUCCCCAUCGACUAUGUCAUCUUCCUCCUCCUCACCCUUCUCUUCUUCGCCGGCUCUGUUGUCGGUGUCGCUACUGUUGGCAUCCGCUUCUUGUGGGUCAGUCUCUUCAAGAUUCGCAAAGGUCACACUGCUCCACAGGCUCUCCUUAUGGGAACCGUCAUGCUUACUUUGAUGGUCUUCGCCAUCAACUACGCUGUCGCCAUGAUGGUUGCUCCUCAAUACGCCACUUUCGGCCCGCAGACCUACUGCGACAGACCCACCCACCACCCUGAUCAGCAGCCUGAUUGCAGCAACCACCACAAGGCCAUCCGCUCUUGUCGUGAGGCUGCUGACAACCCUGUCGCUCGUAUGGUCUGCACGCCCUCGGUUGUCAGCUCUUUCCUGAACCGCAUCACCAUCAACUUCCCCUUCUUCGGACUCGUCGACUUUUGGGCUCAAUUCGCUUUCCUUGGAAUCUUCUUCAUUGUGUUCAUCGUCAUGUUGUUCCGCACUCCUCGUCUUGAUGAGGAACAGCUCGAUGAUGAUCUUGCUGAAGAAGAAGAGGAAGGUCUUCUUGCCAGUACUGGUCGCCGUUUCGGUGCUACCUGGUCUGACAUAACUGGUCGUGCCACUGGUGUGAAGCGCGUUGGCGCCGACUAUGGUACUCGUGGAGAAUCUUCUGCCGAGUGA